AUCCCUCUAGUUCGUGCCUCGACCAGGGUGUUUGUCGCGUGCGUUUCGCUAGGGCAUAGCCGCGAGCCGCUGCCAUUGCUCCCUGCUCAGCCGCCGCUCGUGUUUCGUCCAGUACGUUCGUGAAGCCCUGGUGGACAUACAUACUCCGCUCCUCGGCAAGCCUAGCUCAGCGUUGGGGAGGGUGGCGCAAUUGCUCGCCACCGUGAAGGAAGUCCCGGGCGUCUUGGGUUGCAUUGGGGCGAGGCGCCACCGCACCGAUCCGAGGUGUUCGACUGCCCAGCAUCUCAUCGUCGACAAUCAAUGGCAUCUCAUCGUCGACAAUCAAUGUCUGCUUCGGAAUGGAAUAGCAGAGCCACCGCGGCGCCAUGGGCUGACCUCCUGCCGGAGAUGUGCAACCUUGUCAGGGAACGUCUCGACCCCAUCAGUAUCAUUCGAUUUCCUGCCGUCUGCAGGGAUUGGUCCACCGCGUGCGAGGUGUAUCCACUCCUGCGACCGGGCUUGCCCGCGCUGCUCACGCCCAGCGUUGACUCCGACGGCUACGAUACCGAGCACAGCGUCGAGGCGGGCGCAUUCUGCCUGCACGACGUGUCUGCCUGCGGCGGCGGCGGCCGCAAGUCCUUUCUCGGCGAGGCCGAGGGAUUCAAGGACCGGGCUUGGGUCGGCGGCAACCACGGGUGGCUGGUGACCACGGACAUACGGUGCGAAGACGUCCAGCUGCUGAACCCCGUAACCGGCGCGCGGGUUUACCUGCCAUCGCUCUACACCAUCAGCGAAGUCAAAAGGCUCGCCCACUUCAGUGUCGGUGACCACAAGUACAACGAGAUCCUCAAGGUCGCGUUGUGCCGGACGCCGGCGCACGCUGACGGCCACCUCGCCGUUGCUAUCUUCUCCGAAGAUCUGCUGGCGUUCACGGCGGCCGGCGGCGGAGGCGAAGGCGAAGGCGAAGACGAAGGCGAAGGCGAAGGCGAGUGGACGGCGGUGAAGAACACCGCGGCCGAUGAUGUCUCGUACAUGGACGCCAUCGUCCUCGACGGGAAGCUGUUCGCCGUGGAUAAGGUGGGCCGCAUCUACUCGUGGCACCUGGAUGGUGGAGCCGCCACGACGGAGCCUACGGUGGUUCAGGGACCGAAUAUUGAUGACAUGAGCCGCCAACAUGACUACGACCGGUGCGCGUUCUACCUGGCUGCUUCCGGCGAUGAUGGCCAUCAACAGCUUCUGCUCAUCUACAUAUACGGCUACGAAAUCGAAGAUGUGUACAAGUACCAUCGGACGUACCCCUGGGACGAGCGCGUGUUGCACAGAAUGGUGUUCGACAAGAGGAGGAGCUUCGGUGACCGCGGCAUGUCGGUCCACGAGCUCGACGCUAGCAGCGGCACGUGGCGGCGUGUCACGGACUUCGGGGGAGAUCGCGCGCUCUUUCUCGGGGCGAACUAUCCCUUCUUCGUCACCGUGCGACAUGAGACCGGUCUUGAGGCGGACUGCGUCUACCUCGCCGACACACCCUCCGGCUACGAUGUGGCCAUCUUUGACCUGAAGAAGGAGGGCCACGGAAGUGACGGCCACAUCAAGCAGCAGCUGCAUUACUCACUCGUGAAUGAGCCGUUCCAGAUGCCCAUGUGGUUCCUGCCAACGGAGUACCCACACUAGGUGGUUACGGAGUCUGUUCAAUUUGUCUUGUCUAGGAUUUUAGUUUCUAAUAAGUAAGAUGUUACAUUGUAGUUAGUCGGUGAGAGUUUUUAGAGUUCAGUCUAUUUCCAGUAACUUGAA